AUGGUUGGUGGUGUUAAAGGAAGCGUUAUGAAGUUAACCAGUGAUUUUAUGCCUUCGAUCGGUCCUCCUCCGCCAGGCACAAACUCAACUACUCCUUAUCAAAAUGUAUUCGUUAUUGCAUUAUGUGCUCCAAUUUUUGAAGAAGAAUUGAAAUCAAAUUCAUCUUCUUUGAAAUCGAUUCAAUCUCAUCCAAAGUUUAUCAAAAUGACUCAAACAAAUUCUGAAGGCAAAUAUCAAAUUCCCUCUACUGAAAGGAGGAAUGAUCUACCUAAUUUAAAACGUUUCUCAUUAAUGUGUUGUCGUAGUUUUCAAGGAUUUGACAAUGUAAUUGUACGUCUUCUUCAUCGAAUGAUAUAUCUCGAAGAAUUAACUUUAUAUCUUAAUAUCUUUGGUGGAUCUAAAUUCAUCGCUGGCACUCAUCUUGAUAAUGAAAUUCUUAUUCAUAUGCCACAACUUCAUACAUUCAUAUUUUAUAUCGCUUCUGAAAAUGUCAUUGAUUAUCCAACUAUUCGUGUAUCUAAUGAUGAUAUUCAACGAACGUUCACAAAUCUAGAACAUCGACAAGUGGCUUGUAUGGUAGAUUAUUUCGAGCCUUACGAAAUGAUACGUAGAGUUUUUUCACUUCCAUUUAAAUUUCAUCUUCUUGAACGCAUUGGAAAUAACAUUCCAAAUAUUGUAUUUAAUUCUGUUACUUAUUUGAAAUUAUGGGACAUAGAUCCAUUCAAAUAUGAAUUUUUCGUUCGACUUGCUCGAGCUUUUCCAUUUCUUAAAAAUUUAUCUAUUCGGAAUAUUAUACCACCAUUUUUGGAUAAAAAUUACCACCUUCGCGAUAAAGACUGGCUCUCAAUUAUUGAAUAUCCUCAUCUUAUUUCACUUGACAUGGAGCGUGCAAAUAGUUAUUAUCUCGAAAAUUUUCUCAAUGAAACAAAAACAUAUUCACCUCAUUUAACAGAAUUAAAAGUCACUUAUUACGCUUUGGAAAUUGUGACAAAUAAUUUUACAAGAAAUGAAACACGACGUAAUUGUGCUGGAGUGAGACAACUAAUUGCUGAAGGUCCAAUGGUUUAUUCGAAAGAUGUCUAUUGUUAUUUUCCUUUAUUGUCAGUUUAA